UUUUUUUUUCUGUAAUCUCGUUUUUUUUGGAAAUUUUUUACUUUUUAGAUUAGUAUUAUUUACGAAAUCACAAAUUAUUCGUGUUUUUGUGUUUCAAACACAUUCGUUUAUGUUAUCUACAUCAAUUGGACUUUGAAUUACGAUAAACGCACACUACGAAAUGUGUAUUAAGCGAUGACCACUGUAAAUCAUAAUUUUGUUUUUUUAAACAACUAAUUUGUUAUUCACUUAUUAUAUUAAUAUAAUUUUUAUCGUGAACGUAAAUAUUUUGGAAUGGCAUCGUCGAGUCGAGGAAUUCAAAUAGGUUCUGCGUGGUUUCAACGUAAAAUUAAUCUAAGACCGCAACACAGGGGCGUACAUUUAGUAACUGAAGAAAUUCUAAAACAAAUACCAGAAAUAUCUCAAUUUUCUGUUGGUUUAUGUCACAUACAAAUUUUGCAUACAUCAGCUAGCCUUGCCAUUAAUGAAAGUUGGGAUCCAAAUGUUCGAGAUGAUAUGGAGAUGAUGUUGAAUAAAAUUGUUCCAGAAGGUUUACCUUAUCGACAUUCGUGUGAAGGACCAGAUGACAUGCCAGCCCAUGUAAAGGCAUGUUUUCUUGGUUCAUCAAUAACAGUGCCCAUUACUGAAGGAAAAUUGAAUCUUGGCACAUGGCAAGGCAUUUGGCUAUGUGAGCAUCGAAAUCAAGCUGGUAGUCGAAAGCUUGUGAUUACAUUAAAUGGAUCACCAAAUUCAUCUGCAAGUGAUUGUAACCGGUCACCAAUGUCUCCGUCCUCGCCUAUGGCUUCAUUAAGCAGUUAGGCAUAUUAAAUAUACUCACAAAAAGAUGUUAUUUAUAGACAUCACAGCCAACAUUUAAUUAGAUACAACUGUUUGUCGCUGCCUCUAGUCAAAUGUAAUAUAAGCACUUUUAUAACAAAUGUUAUUGUACCCCAUUAUGAUUAGUUUAUUUAAUAUUUCAAUCAAGUUAAGUGCAUUAUAAAAAGUUACAACACAUUCCAGAAAAAAAAUAUACAUAUAAUAUAAAUUUGAUAAUUUAUAAUAUAUUAAAAGAUACAAAUGUAAUAAAUAGUGAAAAUACAUAAUGACAUUUUGUUACCUCUUAAAAUAUUUAAUAAUUAUUAAUUAAAAUAAGUCACGCUUACAAUAAUGCAAAAAUUAAUAUAGGACGUUUUGAAAAGUUAACAAAAAAUAUUAAUUCAAUAAUUACUUAAAUGUUAAUUUAAAUAAUUUAAUUUUUAUUUUUUGUUACUUAGUUGUGAUUUAAUUUAAUUUUGUAUUCAUUUUCUGAAUUUGAUUUUUCAAUUGUAGACGUAAUUAUGUUACAAACUUGACUAAUAUAAAGCAGGUUUAAUAGCUUACAGUGUCAGUGUGAUGCAUUGUAUAAUAAUUUUUGUACAAAAUUAAAUUAUGGUAUUCUAUAAAUGUUGUAACAUACAUUUGAUAACUAAAUUAUUUUAAACGUCCGUUUUUAGAUAAAUAUUAAUAUCUUGAUUACAAUUUAAAAAAUUGCUUAUUUAAAAAAUAUAUUUGAAAAAAAAAUUAAAUCAAA